ACAAGAAUUCCAUAUAAUUUAUUUACAAACACCAAACAUGUCUUCACUCGCCUUUGUGUUAGCCAGCUUCUGCCUGGUCCAGAGCGCACUCUGCCAGCCAUGCGCAUCUGGUUACGGCGCUGAAAUCAUCGUCCCAUCUGGUCCCUGCAGAUCACCAUACGGCGGUCCCUUCGCUGGUCCCUACGGAGGACUCUUGGAAGGCCCAUACGGACCCUACGCUGGUCCUUUCGCUGGCCCCUACGGUCCCCUCGCUGGCCCCUUCGCCGGUCCCUUCGGAGAGCUCGCUGGAGCGUACGGCGGUGAAGGCAUCGGUGACGUCAGCGUGUUCGGAGAGAUGCCAGUAGCUGGUACCACUCUGGUCAACGGUCAAGUGCCAAUCCUCGGUGCUGUGCGCUUCGCGGGAGACCUGCCUGCUGGUGGUGUCGUCACCAUCGCUGGUAGCUGCGGCUGUGGAUGCAAAGGACCUUACUACUGAACUGUGAUCGAUGUUUGAUGAAUAUAUAUUUUGAAUGGAG